AUCGGAAGCGGAAACUGGUACAAAAUCAAGGGAAUUAACUCUUAGAUGAUUCAAUUGCACAUUUAUUUGAAACAAUAACAAUUUGUUGACUAUCUUGUGUAGCUUGUGAUACAGGCAGGCAAACUCUAACAUGUUUUAUCACGUGUCGCUUGAGCAUGAGAUUCUGCUCCAUCCUCGUUACUUUGGGCCAAACCUUUUGAACAUCGUGAAACAGAAACUUUUUACAGAAGUUGAAGGGACAUGCACUGGGAAAUAUGGCUUUGUCAUAGCAGUAACAACCAUUGACAAUAUUGGUGCUGGCAUCAUACAGCCAAGCAGAGGUUUCGUGGUGUAUCCAAUCAAAUACAAGGCCAUUGUUUUCCGCCCUUUUAAAGGUGAAGUUUUGGAUGCGGUUGUCACACAGGUGAACAAAGUUGGACUUUUCACUGAGAUUGGACCGCUGUCAUGUUUUAUUUCGCGCCAUUCAAUUCCAGCAGACAUGGAAUUUGAUCCUGAUUCCAACCCACAGUGCUAUAAGACCAAAGAUGAAGAUGUUGUCAUUCAGCAAGACGAUGAAAUUCGCAUCAAAAUUGUAGGGACAAGAGUUGAUGCUAAGGACAUUUUUGCUAUCGGCACAUUAAUGGACGAUUACCUGGGACUUAUCAGUUGAUUUCAGGAAAAACUGGUGAUUGCUGCAAAACUAUGUACACUUCACAGUACAAAUAGUGAUGUAUUCUUGAUUAUGAACAUAUCUUCAAUAUCACAAACAUCAAAGAAAUGUAUGGUUACAGUGAUGAUUUCUCUUAAGUUCAUGUUAAAAUACAAUACAAUAUUAAAUAUGUUUGAAUUACCAGUGCUAUGUAUUGAUUAAUAGAUUUUUUUUAGAUAA